AUGCCCGCAAACCCCGAUUUGCAGCCAGUGUGCUUGCCGCUGUAUACACUCGACUCGCCGCUCGUGCUUUUGCCCGGGAUCCUCUACAACGUGUCCUUCCCGCGUCUCAAGGCGGCAGCGUUCUUGGCUCGCUACAGGACCCACGCCGCGCGCGUGCCUGUCGUCCAGGCCGUUUUGGCCGAGUACGACUUUGACGCGGCAGCCGCCGGAAUCCCGGUCUUGUCCCCUGCCGCGGCCGCCGGCAUUGCUGCGUUCCGCGAGGCCGAGGCGUCCGUGCACCUGCUUUCCGGAGAGCCCCGCGACGCGGACCCGGCCGCCGGCUUGGACUGGCUCGUGGUGGCCGUCUUCCCAAAUUUGGCGCGGAUCUCGAGCGCCGCGCCGGCGCAAACGGCGGCCACCGCCACGGUCUGCCGCGUGGUGGGCAUUGCGGACGACGCAAACACCGUGCGGCUCACCUUGCAGGCAAUUGUGCGGGCCGUGGACGCCGAGCGCCGCCCGGAAGCGGGUGCGCCGAAACGCCGCGGCGGCAGUGUGGCCAGCACUCCGAACGAGCGAGUCUUCGCCGUGUCCUGGCAGCACGAAUCUGCCGCAGUUGCGCAGCACUCGGCGGUGUUCCAGGCGUCCGCCACGGCGCUCUUCGCGCUGCUCAACAAGUUCGUGGAGGCGUACCGGGCGGCCCUUGCGGGCGCGGAGUCCAGCCCCGACAUGCUCACGUUGAACCCGUUGGCCAAUGCGUUGUUCAUGCAGGUGGCCGGCCUGAAGGACUUCGACAAGGCUUAUGCCACGUUGCAGCGGAUCUGUGGCUCCGCCGCCGCGGACCUGGCCGCCCAGUUGCUGCGCCUCGUUGAUUUGACCGGGGCCAUCGUGCCGUUCCCGAGCACGGAGAAGUUGCGCAUCCUCCAGUGCGCCACCCUCGACGAGAGGACCCGGUUAGCCGCGGAAAUUGCGGACAAGAUGGCCUCGGUCUUCGAGACCGUGGCCGAGAACUCAGCCCGGGCCACGCGCUGGUACCACGGCGAGGCGUCGAACACGCAGAAAGCGAACCUUGUUGCCAACCAGUUGAAGUCCAUACGCGUGGUGUUGGAGGGCUUGUCGAGUAAGAAGACUCCCGGAAGCGCUCUGCAGAAACAGCUCACAAGGCGCAGGAACGGAGCCGGAAUCCCGCUUUCCAACGGCUCCAAGGGCCCACCGGGAAGGCGCGGUACGGGCCCUGGCGAUGGCGACGACGACGACGAUGAUGACGACGACGACCUCCAUCUCAUCGCCGACUUCAUCAAGAAUCGGCUCCCUCGAAUCACGUCGAUUUCCAGCGAUAGCAAGCGGCUUCUCGUCAAGGACUUCCGGCGCAUCAAGAAUGCUCAGCCGGGGAACGCCGACUUUCACGUGAUCCGGAACUACUUGGAGAUUGUGGCUGAUAUGCCCUGGGACAAGCACGUCGCGCGCUUCCAGUCCAACCAGGAGAUCGACAUCGCCGACGCUCGCCACCGGUUGGACGCAGACCAUCACGGCUUGCAGCAUGUCAAGACACGCUUGCUCCAGUACUUGGUGGUACUCAAGCUCUUGGCUGCCAACGCCGCGCAAGAGUACAGAGACUCGGGCAUGCAAGAGGCCGAAGAGGCCCACCGGAAGCAACAGCAGAUGGAUGCUCUCAAGUUCACCCGCGAGUCCACCAAUGGCGAGUCGAUUAUUGUUCCCAGCCAGGCGGAAUCCAAAGCCAUUCAGGAGGCAAAAGAAGCUGCUGAAACAGAAGAAGCUCAGGGGGAAACCACGCAGAGCUCGACUGAAAACGACCAAAGUGUCAAAUCCUUGCUUGUAGCGAAAAUCAACCGAUCACCAAUCAUCUUGUUGGCUGGCCCACCAGGUGUGGGGAAAACAUCAUUGGCAAAGUCCAUCGCCACCACGCUCGGGCGUAAUUUCCAGCGCAUUUCGCUAGGCGGAGUUCGGGACGAAUCUGAGAUUCGUGGCCACAGAAGAACCUACAUUGGCGCAAUGGCUGGGUCCAUCGUGCAGGCGCUCCGCAAGUCUCGGUCUAUGAAUCCGGUCAUCUUAUUAGAUGAAAUCGACAAGGUGGUCGGCGGUCACAAUAGCGGCAACAAAGCAAAUGGUGAUCCUGCAGCAGCGCUAUUGGAAGUCUUGGACCCAGAACAAAACAGUCAGUUCGUUGACCACUUUCUUGGCUUUCCGAUCGACUUGUCCCAGGUCAUCUUCAUCUGCACCGCCAACGAGCCACAUGCGUUAUCGCGACCACUUCUUGAUCGAUUGGAGAUGAUUGAGGUAGGUGCAUACGACUACACCGAGAAGCUUGUCAUUGGAAGCACAUACCUAUUGCCCCGUCAAAUGAAAAGAAAUGGAUUACCUGACCAAGACAAGGUGCUUAUCAGCGGAAACGUGAUGAAGAAGAUCAUUCUCGAGUACACGCGUGAGGCAGGUGUCAGAAACUUAGAACGCACAUUGGGUACCAUUUGCCGCUAUAAGGCUGUGGAAUAUUCUGAAAGUUUGGCAGACCCACUGAAGGUAUUCCAGCCCGAAGUGGAAGAGUUUGAUUUGCCAAGGUAUAUUGGCUUGCCCUUGCCCAGUCUCAGCAACAGAGUCGUGGAGCUGCCCAUCAUGUCCAGCCGCUAUGGGGUCGUGAACGGAUUGUCAUAUAACACCGACGGAUCUGGGUCCGUACUAAUUUUCGAAAGCAUUGGGUUCGAGGGUAAAGGACAAACCUCUUUGAACAUGACAGGCCGUUUGGGAGAAGUCUUGAUGGAAAGCGCUAAAAUUGGGCUAACUUUCAUCAAGAACGCAUUGUACAAACGAUUGUUGAAUUUGGAAGAUCAAGAGGUCCUUGUCAAGCACCUUAAUUCUCUAGAGAUACACAUGCAUGUUCCUAGCGGAGCCGUGCAAAAAGAUGGACCAUCAGCUGGAAUAACUAUGGCUCUUCUGUUUCUCUCUUUGAUUUUACAGAAACCCGUGCCGUCGAAUAUUGCCAUGACGGGGGAGAUCACGCUAAGAGGAUUAGUGUUGCCGAUAGGUGGAUUGCAAGAGAAGGUUUUAGGCGCUCACCUCACAGGACAAAUCGACAAGGUCAUUGUCCCUCGUGAGAAUAGACGGGAUGUCCUCGAGCAGUACGUUCAGAAGAUAAAUGACCCAAGCCGCUUGAACGGUCUAUUGAAGGAUGAUGCAGCUGCUGCGUUCAAAGAUCUGUCCCCGGAGGACUACUUCGCCGAAAAGUACGGGGUGAGAAUCGUUUACGCUAGAGAGUUCUGGGAUGUGAUCAAGCACGUGUGGGGAGAAGAGCUCCUAGCAAAUGUCGAGCAUUCCAGGUUGGACGAGUAUCAUUUGUGA